AUGGCGACGUUCGGGACUGUCACAGCGACGCAACCGCACAAUCCCAACAAGGAUAUCGAGGUGGCCCAGCCGCCCAAUGACGGCAUCUCCAGCAUGUGCUUCAACCCCAAGGCCAACUUCCUCGUUGCCACGUCAUGGGAUAACCAGGUGCGGUGUUGGGAGAUUCAGGGCAAUGGAGCCAGCGUGCCAAAGGCAGGAACAGCACACGACCAACCCGUGCUCUGUUCAGCAUGGAAGGACGACGGCACGACAGUGUUUUCAGGCGGGUGUGACAAGCAGGCCAAGAUGUGGCCGCUCAUGUCAGGAGGGGCAGCGAGCACGGUGGGCGUCCACGAUGCACCCAUCUGCAAGAUGGCAUGGAUUGCCGAGAUGAACCUGCUUGUUACCGCCAGCUGGGACAAAACAAUCAAGUACUGGGACACGCGCCAGGCCACCCCUGCACACACACAGGCGCUGCCCGAGCGGCCGUACGGGCUGAGCGUGCGACACCCCCUCAUGGUCGUGGCCACUGCGGAUCGCCACAUCAUCGUGUACAACCUCGCAUCGCCACAGACGGAGUACAAGCGGGUGAUCUCGCCCCUCAAGUACCAGACGCGCUGUGUGGCGACCUUCCCCGACCGCAGUGGGUACCUGGUGGGGUCCAUAGAGGGGCGCGUGGCCGUGCAGCACGUGGAGGAGAACCAGCAGCAGAAGAACUUCACCUUCAAGUGCCAUCGGGAUGGCAACGACAUCUACGCGGUUAACUCGAUUGAUUUCCACCCGCAAUUCGGCACGUUCGCAACAACAGGGUCGGAUGGGGCGUACAACUUUUGGGACAAGGACAGCAAGCAGCGCCUAAAGGCCAUGCAGCGCUGCAGCCUGCCCAUCUCCUGCAGCGCCUUCAACCAUGAUGGCACCAUCUUUGGAUACGCUGUGAGCUAUGACUGGAGCAAAGGCGCCGAGAACCACAACCCUGCCGUCAACAAGAACUACAUUCUGCUGCACGCAACCCAGGAAAGCGAAGUGAAGGCUAAACCGAAAGGAGCCUCCUUGCGAGUUCGCGCCUCGACGCCAGUGGAUUAUGACUCCUCACAGGAUGCGACCGAGACGGAGGAGGAGGGAGCCGAGUCCGCGCCGCACUCUAUUGAGCGCAUCUUGAAGCAGGCGGCGGACGCGUAUCAGUCGGAGGACGAGGCGGCGGUGGCGACAGUGGAGGCGCAGCUGCGCGCCAUGGAAGCCGACCGCCAGGGCCUCGCGGAGCGCCUCGAAUCGCUCACGGCCGAGAUCUCAACAGCCAAGGACCGCUUUCUGAGGCUGAAUGCCGACUUUGACAAUUUCAGGAAGCGGUCGGAGCGGGAGAAGCUGGCCAUGGCAGCCACGGUGCGCAGCGACGUGGUGGAGGCGCUGCUGCCUAUGAUCGACUCGUUUGAGCGCGCCAAGGACGGCGUCAAGGCGGAGAGCGAGGCGGAGAAGAAGAUUGACGGUGCCUACCAGGGGAUUUACCGGCAGUUUGUGGAGGUGCUGCGGGGGCUUGGCGUGGCUGCGGUGGAGACCGUUGGCAAGGAGUUCGACCCCAAUGUGCACGACGCCAUCAUGAGGGAAGACUCCACAGAGUUCCCUGAGGGGGUGGUCAUUCAAGAAUUCAGGAAGGGCUUUGUCAUCGGAGACAAGCUCAUCCGCCCCUCCAUGGUCAAGGUCUCCGCUGGCCCAGGGCCUGCUGGUGAUGCUGCUGCUGCUGAUGGUGCUGCUGCUGGUGCUGCUGAGGGUGCGUCGGAUGGAUCGGAAGCAGAGGGCGGGGAGAAGUCGGAGUAG